CUGUGAGUACUGCUGUUGACGCCCUUUGCCCUCACGGCGCCCCGCUGCGCACGCCGAUGUGUGCGCACGCUGCAGGAGGGCAAAGAUGGGCAGGACUGGGCGCUGGCAGAGAAUGACGGGCACGCGAGAAAGGAUGAAGAUGGGGAGAGCGAGAGGCGAAACAGAGGGCGCAAGCUGGCCCCCGCGGCGCAGACAGGAGAAGGGGCUCGCCCCGACGCAAAAGACACACAGCCAUUCUCCUGUGCAGCUGCACGAGCUGGGACGUCGGGUGCAAGGGCCGCGGCUGGACACGUCGGAUGUGCAAGGCAGCAGGCGCGCUCUGAGGGCAGCGCGACGGACGGGCGUGAAGCAUGGCGUCUGCGGCGCAAGCAUCCCUUUCUUCCUCUCCAGAUCACCCGUUUCUCACGCUCUUCCAUCUUCCAGUGUCAACAAUGUCGAAGCCCCAGGCCGGUAACAAGUUCCGCCUCACGCUGGCGCUGCCCGUGGGCGCCGUGAUGAACUGCGCGGACAACUCGGGCGCCAAGAACCUCUUCGUCAUUGCCGUGCACGGCGUCGGCGCGCGCCUCAACCGCCUCCCCGCCGCCGCCGCGGGCGACAUGGUGGUGGCGUCGGUGAAGAAGGGCAAGCCGGAGCUGCGCAAGAAGGUCAUGCCCGCCGUGGUGGUGCGCCAGCGCAAGCCGUGGCGCAGACGCGACGGCAUCUUCCUCUACUUUGAGGACAACGCGGGCGUCAUUGUGAACCCCAAGGGCGAGAUGAAGGGCUCGGCCAUCACGGGUCCCGUCGCCAAGGAAUGCGCCGACCUGUGGCCGCGCAUCGCCUCCAACGCCGGCACCGUCGUGUAAAAAGACUCAACCAUCGUGUCAUCCCUCAUUCACUCACACGCAUUGAUCAUCCUUUUGCAAUGACCACUUCUCUUGCUG